CUGCGUUCAUGUACGUCCGUCGUGUCAAAAUUAUUUCUUUCAAGUGUUGUUUUACAAAAAUAAAAUACACAACUUCAGAAGCAGCUGUUUUAUGUUCAGAUUACUCGGCCCACAUGCCCGCAACCUUGGAAACAAUCAAUGGCUCGUGCAUUUUGAUCCCGUGCUCUUUUGUGGCCGGGGAUGCGAGUGUCAGGGGUGCCGCCGGUGGGGUGUGGAGAAAAGGGUCCCAGUGGUUUAGCGGCAGUGUUGAUGUGUUCAACUCCUCAAGAUCUCAAAACCACCUUCACGGAGAGAUACUUGGCGACCUUGCCAAAUGGAAUUGCACCUCAGUCUUGUAUAACUUCAGCAGAGAAUAUGAGGACAAAUAUUUCUUUCGCCUGGAGAGCAAAGAAAAAUUUACUUUUGCUCAGUACGUCUUGAUUAAUGUCAGAGAUGGUCUGCCUCAGCCAUAUCUCAUCUUGCCUCAGUUCCCCCUUCAUGAGGGUGUCCUUGUCACCCUGACCUGCACUGCAGCCUCCCACUGCCCCCACGACCCCCCAACUCUGGUCUGGAGCCCCAUGCUCAACCGCAGUACACAGACCCUGCGCACCAAAGAAGAUGGUACCCAGGAAGUGAUUUCCGUGCUUAGUUUUGUCGCCUCGUGGGAGCACAACAGUCUGAACAUGAGCUGUGGGGUGACACAUCGCCUACUAAGUCAAGCCACCGUCCAGGAAACGGCACAUCUUUACGUAUAUUAUCCACCGAAGAACUUGUCUGUGUCCGUUAACUCAUCCCAGUGCAUGAUGGAUCAUCCCAUGACAUUGUGCUGCCAUGGUGUAGCCAACCCCCCUAUUAGCAGCUAUAGAUGGUUCAAGAAUUCCAACGGUACUAGUGAGGUACUGGAGUGGACGUCCCAGAAAGUAACUUUGAACAUGACAAACACAAGCCCUGGCACAUACCAAUGUGAGGGAACCAAUAGUGUUGGUGCAUCCAACUCUUCAACACUGCAGCUGAAGGUGCCAGUAAUUUUGCACUUGGAACAUACAUCGAGUACUAUUUGGAUGUACAUUGGGGUUGGAUGUGGAGGUUUCAUUCUUCUCCUCUGUGGGGCAAUAUUUUGGCUCAGAUUUAGGAAAGAGCCAACUGGAGUGCAGGCUGAGGAUGAGAAUAUGUAUGCCAAUGUGACCAAAGGCAACCAACGCUUCGCAGGAUGCACCCCAAACGACCCAGAUGACCCAGAUGACAGCUUGUACUGUAACCAAUCCCCACCUGCAGCCACAACGCCAAAGAGAAUUGGUGGCAGCGGUGGGAUUGUGGCGCCCCCUGUAGGCACGGAGGAAGAAGCUGACGAGACAGGCCCAGGUGUGAAGAUGGCUGAUGUUGCUAUGGAAGAAGAAGGUGAGAGGCGGAACAUCAACUGCCUAUAUGAACUGCUCCAGAGGGCCCUGCUUAACCAAGAACAUGAAGCGAAGAUGCAGGACGAAAGAUGGAAGAGCAUUCAAGAGCAACUUCAAGGUUUCAAUGAUGAGCUGGAACUGGUGAGGUCAAGGUUAAAGAGUGGUGAUGCUCAACCACUGCCGGUGCCCGCUGCUUCAGAGUCGUCGCCUGCUGCUGUUCCUGUUGCUGCCAAUUCUGUCACUGCUGAUCCUGUCGCUGGGCCUGGUGAUGUUCCUGUGCUACCUCCUGCUGCUGUUCCUGUGACACCCCCUGCCCAGCUGCUUGAAGCGAUGCCUGCUGCUGUUUUUCCUGCUGCUACUGCCGCUGCUGACCCCACUACACCUCCUGCUGUGCCUCCUGCCGAAUCUCUCGCUGCUGCUGCUGCCGGUCGUACUCGUCCCGACUGUUGCUGUCCCUGCUGCCAUUCCGGUGGCUGUUCCUGCUGCUGUCCCUGCCAGUGUUCAUGUGAUGACGCCUGCUGCACCGCCUGCUGCACCCUGCACCACCUGCUGCACCACCCGGGAGGUCUGCCCUGCUGCCCGUUGCUCCCCAGAUGA